AUGGCAGCAAGGGCGCCCCCAGUGCAGAUACAGCCUUGGCCAAAAACGGAUUCGACGUGGUCUAGUCUACAUGUGGAUUUCGCAGGACCAUUAAAUGGCUCCUAUUAUAUCAUUGUGGUGGAUAGCUAUUCCAAAUGGCCCGAAGUGUGUAAAUGUUCAAGGCCAACCACAAGUGUGACGAUUGACUUCUUGGAAGAACUGUUCGCUCGGUAUGGGGUACCAGAUACGAUCGUGUCAGAUAAUGGGACACAAUUCACAGCGAAGGAGUUCAAAAGAUUCUGUAAGUCGGUUCAGAUGAAGCAUGUGUUAACUCCGCCAUACCACCCAAGGUCAAAUGGGUUAGCGGAAAGAUUCGUCGACACAUUCAAGAGAGCUUUAAGGACGAUCAGACGAGAAGCCUUUGAAGAUACAAAAAUUGACAAAGUUUUUGCAGGUGUAUAG